CUGAGUGCACGUCGUUUGUUUUUCCGUCGAUUCCCGAACAUACCAUUUGGCAACGAGCGCUGGAGACCGGAUAUUGAAGAAGAAAACAAGAUGUCUUCUUCUUUCAUUGGAACCCUAGGAUGUUUCGACCACAAAACCAUGGAUUGGACUAUUUUUUACGGGAGGUUGAAGAUGUUUCUAGAACUCAACGACAUCGAUGAAAAAAAACAUUGUGCGGCAUUGUUGACGAAUUUGUCCGAAGAUUCAUAUAGAUUGCUAUGUAAUUUAAUACAUCCCAAGACAAUCGAAAAUGCGAAGUUCAAUGAGUUAGUCGACGCAUUUAAAACCCAUUUCACUCCGAAAAGGUCUACAUUUGCUGAUCGAGAUAAGUUUUAUGAAGCGAGGAAGGUAGACAGCGAGAGUGCGGAAGAAUGGGCGGCGCGGUUAAGGGGGCUAGCUGUGUACUGCGGAUUCGGUUCGGAACUGAACACUCUGCUACGGGAUCGUUUUGUUCUAGGAUUUAAGUCGGGACCGGAACGGGAUCGUCUGAGAGAACAAGACCUCACAACGCUAACGUUCGCGAAAGCGUUGGAAAUCGCUCAACAAGUAGCCUGUGUGAAGCAAGUUAAAGAAAACGAGUCCGUCGUAGUGAAGCAGGAGCCACUGUACCGGGCGAGCGUGGCGUAUGGUAGCGGCAGUGCCAAGGGCGCCGGCGCCGGCGGCAUCCGACGCGAGCGCGACGACGCCGUGGCCCGGUGUACAGUGUGCGGCCUCAAAAACCACGUAGCGGAGAAGUGUCGGUAUAAAAACUACAGGUGUAAUAAAUGCCACAACAAAGGACACUUGAAAAAAAUGUGCGAACUUAAGGUGAACAGUAUUGGUGUUGAAUCAUCUCCUGCAUCGGCGGAGGAAGAGGCGCACGGCAGCCACGACUGCGAGGAGUGUCGAUUAUUUAAUCUAAGGUUCCCAAACUAGGGGAAGAGGGAUGAUAUGUAUGCAGAGUUAGGUAUAAGCUGUGUGUAAUGUACAUGUGUGCAAGCGCCGCGGCGCGCAUGCGCUCGCGGGCGCCCUCUAUUGGUCAGUAAUAAAUUAACCUUUGAACUGAG